GAGAGGAUAUAUGAAGACGAGAAGAAAAUUAGUAGAGAAAAGAGAGUUGAAAAAAUAGACGUCUCGGUUGGAAGGAAGACAAAAUGAACAAUCCUUUAUAUGAUGGCAAAGUUAAUUUGUUUUUGUAUGUAACCGUAGCUAUGCUUUCUAUCGUCCUUCCUCUUGCUUCUCCAUCUGUUUGUAAGUAGUUGAACGAGGGUCAUAUAACACCAACAGGAAGAGUCCUAAAGGACUGAAGAUGGAUGAAGCCUUGCUGACUAUACACAAUGAACUUCUCAAUGAAAAUCUGACAGUUUCAUGGAUGUGUGACCAUUGCUAUCAUUGCCUUUUUCUAAAAUUGGGGCAUAUUGAUUCGGGACCAGCUUCUACAGUCUUCACUAUCAGUACUACAUACCCUGUAACUUUGCAAGUGAACAGCACCAAGAGCCAUAUUGAGUUGUGCAGGGUUUACUUUAACUUUGGAGAGUUCGGUGCUUAUUCAUUAUGGAUUAAGAAUAUGAAUCCGGAGAAUGUGUCUUGUUCUAUAAUCACCGACAGAGAGCCUCAGAACAGUUUAUUGCCCAUCCUAAUUGCUUUUUUUGUUUAUACUGGAUUUGCCGCAUCCUUUGCAUUGGGUAGAUAUAUAAUGAGAUUGGAUGCUGUCAAAAGUCUAAUAAGCAGAGUGUGCAGGAUUUUUAGCGCAAUGGAGACAGAUAGACUGAUAAAUUCUGAGCUUGGAUCCCCAAAUCAGCCCUCUGAGCUCACUGGCCAUGGCUUGGCUUCUUUACCUGUUCCUAGGAGAAGUGUGAGACUCAGAUCUUUGGACACAUUUCGUGGGCUUUCCCUUAUCAUAAUGGUGUUUGUUAAUUAUGGUGGAGGAAAAUAUUGGUUUUUUAAACAUGAAAGUUGGAAUGGGAUUACAGUGGCUGAUCUUGUAUUUCCUUGGUUUGUGUUUAUUAUGGGAACAUCUACAGCCCUCUCUGUUAACUCUCUUUUACGUAAGGGCUUAUCACGAUUGAAGCUUUUCAGAAAAGUGUUCUGGAGAAGCUUGCAGCUGUUCCUGAUUGGUGUUUUUAUAAUAAAUCCAAAUUAUUGUUUGGGACCUUUAUCAUGGGGCACACUACGCAUUCCUGGAGUACUGCAGAGAAUAGCAUUUUCUUAUUUGGUGGUUGCUGUUUUGGAGAUAAUGUUUGCACAACGCAAGACUGAAAGCAUUUCCAUGGAUGUGAAUUUUGCAUCAUUACAAGAAUUUGUUUUCUGUUGGCCUUCCUGGAUAUGCAUUAUUAUAGUUGAAACGAUAUGGCUAUGUCUGACUUUUUUGCUGCCUGUUCCUGGGUGUCCUUUAGGUUACCUUGGCCCUGGAGGAAUAGGGGAUUUUGGGCAGUACCCUAACUGUACUGGAGGAGCAGCUGGAUAUAUUGACCGUUGGUUUCUAGGAGAGAAUCAUAUUUAUCAGAACCCCAGUUCUCAUGUUUUGUAUCAGUCCACUGUACCCUAUGAUCCAGAAGGAAUACUGGGUUCCCUUAAUUCAGUUGUGAUGACUUUCCUUGGUCUACAGGCAGGAAAGAUUCUGAUACAUUACAAAGACCUUCACAUGCAAAUAAUGGCAAAAUUUCUCAUGUGGGGUUUGUUCCUUGGAAUUUUAUCAGCAGUUUUAACACGGUGUUCAAAAGACAAGGGUUUCAUACCUGUCAACAAAAAUCUAUGGUCUCUCUCCUACAUUACUACUCUGAGCUGUUUUGCCUUUGUGGCUUUAAUGAUAAUUUACUAUCUGGUCGAUGUGAAGAGAUGUUGGUCUGGAAUUCCAUUUUUUUAUACAGGUAUGAAUUCCAUUCUGGUGUAUGUCGGACAUGAGGUACUUCAUAACUAUUUUCCCUUCCAAUGGAGAAUGUCAGAUGGCCAGUCUCAUGCAGAGCACCUUACACAGAACCUGCUAGCAACUACAAUCUGGGUUUUUAUUGCCUAUUUGUUAUACAGAAAGAACAUAUUUUGGAAGAUCUAGAAUCCAGGCACCUGCAGCGGAGAUACUGAAAUGUCAUUUUUGAAUUCUAGAAAUUUAUCAGCUGGAGAAGGCGGCUUUAGGCCUCAUUGAAUUGUACACGUAUGUGAUGACAACUGUUAUAAACAAAAGUUUAAUUUUUAAUCAAUUUCUUACUCCCUUGUCUUUAUCUAAAUAAUAUAUUCAUUUAUACAGUACCCUUAUUUUGUACUUAAUAGCAUGACAAAACCUGGAGUUGAGUGUUUUACAAAGGAUAGAUUUUGUACUUUCUUUUAAUAUGUAAAAACCAUACAAAGAAUAAGCAAAAUGGUUAGUAUAACAUUGCUGAAAGUGUAAUAUGUGUACCAUGUAUACAACAGGAUGUAUAAGGGAGCACAGUGAAAUAGACAAGGUUUUAUAGGGAAAUGUCUUAUGAAAAUGUUAAACAUAAACAUUAUUAAAAAAUGUAA